GCAUUUCAUCAUGGCCCUCACCUUCCUCUCAACCCCCUUUGCUCUCAUUGUCCAGCUCGGCACCGCGCCGCUGCCCGCGCUCCGGCCGCCCGCCGCCCGGGUCCUCCUCAGCGCGGAUGCCUCCGAGCUCAUGGUGCGUGAGGCUGCGAUGCGGGUCGUUGCGGCGGCCAACAAGUUUGGCAGCACGCAGGGCGAGGCAGCAGCAGAGUGGGUGAUGGAGGCGAUGAGCUCUCGCUCCGGCGAGGUGGACUGCGAGGAGCUGCUCGGCAAGCAGUUGGCGCUCUUCGACGAGUGCCUGGUUGAGGACUCGGCCAACUGCGAGGAGCUCGACGAGGCGCUCUCGUCGCUCGAGGCCCAGCUCAAGCAGGGCGAGGCGGGGCCGCUCGACAUAUUCGGACAGAGCAAGAUGGAUCGCGCAGCUGCGCGAGUGCGCACGGCUGCGGCCAAGUUCGGCGCCGAUUACGGGAAGGUCGCCGAGCAGUGGAUUGCGGACGUGCGUGGCAGCGGCAGCGAGGUGAGUCCGUUCGCGCUGCUCGAGCAGCAGAUGUCCCUCUUCGGCGAGUGCCUCCUCGACGUCGAUGAGGAGGGAGGCGGCGCCUCUGAGCGGUGCGAGGAGCUCUCCGAGGCGCUCGGCGCGCUCCAGCUGAGCCUCGGCGUCAAGGGCCGAGUCGUCGCGACGGCCAAGAACGCAGUCGCGCCGGAGCGCAAGUAGGCCAGUCGCUUUGCGCCAUCUUCGCGAGGCGUUUGGCGGGACUCGAGCAGCGGCAGCGAAUGCUAGUAGCAGCGGCUGGACGCCAGGAGGGGUCGGGAGCAUGAACCAUGUGAAAGGGCAGGGGGUGUGGGUGCAGUGUGCGCGUGACUGUCGCCACGGAGAUUGCGCAGAGGUAGGUGAUUCGGCGCUCUAGCGUGCGGCGCACGGAGAGAGAGUCGUGCACAGGCGUCACUCGGUCGCGCUCAACGCGUUGGUGCAGGAUGCAGCGCGCAUCAAGCUUCUCGUGGUCGUGCCAAGUGCCAGUGGGACGAUGAACACACGCCUGGGUGGGUGUGCGUGUGCGUGUUUGGCGUCCCGUCCUUUACCUUGCCAAAUUACCUCAAGA